AUGGCAGCCAUGCAAGAUAUGAUGACCUCUGACUUAGAGCUCAAGUCAUUCAUGAGUGUCAAGCUGGCACUACCCAAAGAGUCUGCUGAGACUCAAUACAACAAGCCGAGUACAGCUACUCAAAAGCAAGAGAUUGGAAUCAAUGAUGAGACACAAUCAAGAGUUACUGACUUUGUGCAAGAUGAGCAGAGCUUUGAGACAUCAUCAAAUUGUUCUGCCUCUUCAGUGUCAUCCUUUGAGACUUCAGAAACUUCUCCAUCUUCAGAAACAAAUAUCUCAACUGCAUCUCCUGCCAAAGAGACAGCUCCGUCUUUGGAUGAUAGAUCUCUACCUACUCCCCCCAAACCUGUACCUUCAAUAAAAUGUGCCAACAGAUCAGGGUUUUAUACUCAUUUUGGGCAACCUACCUACUUUGGAACCCGUUUGUACCAACCCAGUGAAUUGGCUCCAGAGGAAGGCAUAUUUGGAGAGUGGUUAGAGUUAGGGUGUGGUGAGACGUCAUCAACACGCCUCGUUAAAGUCAUGCCUGAUGAUAGACUAUCAGCAGCAAAGAUUGUUUACAACCAUCAUCCGGAGGAUGAAUUCCGUAAUGAACUUGAUGCCCACCACCUAGUCCAAGGGCACCCCUCAUUUCCUGAGGUAAUUGGAGUUGUCCACCAAUCUCCCUUCCGAUGCAUCCUACAGGAGUUUGUUGGCAAUGAAUCCAUUCCAGAAAACAUAACCCUGGAGGAUGCAUUGAGAAAUAAUAAAGUCAUCAUCUCAGAUAUUCCAGAGAAGGACUGGUUGCAGAUUGGGCAAGACAUCUGCCAAGGACUCCAGCAUCUUCAUGAUCAGGGGUAUAUUCAUCAAGAUCUUAGCCCUGAUAACAUCCUCCUGUAUGCCACUGAUGGUAACUGGAGGUGUUGGAGAGCUAAGAUAUGUGAUCUUGGGAAUUGCACAUUUGCUAAGCUGACACCUGAGGGAAUCAAGGGUCAAGCUCAACUUGCUAUGGCUGCUGAUGUUCACUCCCUUGGGAAAAUCUUCAAGUUAGUUGGAAAAGAAGCAAAUGUGCACUUCCUGAAAUCCAUUGGCAAAAAGUGCUCCAGGAGGAAUCCUAAAAACCGCCCACAGAUGAAUAAAGUUUGUAAAAUGCUUAGCAAGGUUUCGCAUUGA